AUGGCAUUUUCCUGGGGAGGCGGCCUGAGAGCCUGGCAGCUGCUGUUCUUGAUUCUUUUCCACACAGUCUGGGAAGUGGGGAGCGGCCAGAUCCAUUAUUCAGUCCUGGAGGAAGCUAAACACGGUACGUUUGUGGGGCGAAUCGCGCAGGACCUAGGUCUGGAGGUCGGGGAGCUUGUUCCGAGGCUGUUCCGGGUGGUGUCCAAGGGUCGCAGAGACUACUUGGAGGUAAAUGCACAGAAUGGCAUUUUGUUUGUGAAUUCUCGGAUAGACCGUGAGGAGCUGUGCGGCCGCAACCCUGUUUGUAGUAUCCAUCUAGAAGUGAUCGUGGAUAAGCCGCUGCAGGUUUUCCACGUGGAGGUGGAGAUCAAAGACAUUAAUGACAACCCACCUGUGUUCUUGGUUAAGCAACAAAGAUUAUUGAUUUUAGAAUCCAGGACUGCAGAUUCUAGAUUCCCACUAGAGGGCGCAUCUGAUGCUGAUAUAGGAACCAAUGCAGAAUUGUUAUACAAGCUGUCUGCGAAUGAGCAUUUCACUUUGGAUAUACACACAAAUGAGGAAGAGGCUAAAUCCAUAGAGCUAGUUUUGAAGAAAUCUUUAGACAGAGAAGAAACUCCUGAACACAGCUUAUUAUUGACAGCCACAGAUCAAGGCAAACCAGAGCUAACAGGAACCGCGCAGCUGCUGAUUACUGUGUUGGAUGCAAACGAUAAUGCCCCAGCAUUCGAUAAAUCCAUCUACAACGUCAGAUUACUGGAAAACAUUCCUAAUGGGACGCUAGUGAUCAGAUUAAAUGCCUCUGAUGCAGAUGAAGGUGUAAAUAAAGAAAUACAAUAUUACUUUGGAAGUCUUGUUCUAGCCAAUGUAAGAUCGAAAUUCAGCAUUGAUAGUAAUACAGGAGAAAUCAGAGUAAACGGAAAUAUGGAUUAUGAAGAAUGUAACUUGUAUGAAAUUAAAGUUGAGGCUAUUGAUAGAAGUUCUUUCCCAUUAACAGGCCAUUGCAAAGUUAUGGUGAAGUUACUAGACCUUAAUGAUAACGCUCCUCAGGUGUCUGUGACUUCGCUUUCAUUGCCUGUCCUAGAGGACUCGCCGUCGGGCACAGUUAUUGCUCUCAUUAGCGUAUCUGACCGUGACUCAGGUGCUAAUGGACAAGUGACUUGCUCUCUGGGACCCCCAGGGCCCUUCACGCUGGUGUCCACCUUCAGAAAUUACUAUUCACUGGUGCUAGAGGGCACCGUGGACCGCGAGAGCUCGCCGGCCUACGAGCUAGUGGUGACUGCAAGGGACGGUGGGACGCCAACACUGUGGGCCACGGCCAGCGUGUCUGUAGCCAUUGGCGACGUGAAUGACAAUGCACCUUCUUUCGAGCAGCCUGUGUACACUGUGUUUGUAAAGGAGAACAAUCCUCCAGGCAGUCACAUCUUUACUGUGUCAGCGAAGGACCCAGAUACACAGGAGAAUGCUCUUAUAUCUUAUUCACUAGUGGACCGACGGGUCGGGGAGCGUCCCCUGUCAAGCUAUGUGUCCGUACACUCGGAAAGCGGGAAAGUGUACGCCCUACAGCCCCUGGACCACGAAGAACUGGAACUGCUGCACUUUCAGGUGAGCGCCAGAGACGCGGGCUUCCCUCCUCUUGGCAGCAACGUGAGCCUGCAGGUGUUCGUGCUGGAUGAGAACGACAAUGCGCCGGCCCUGUUGCCGCCUCACUCUGGCGUUAAUCCAGUAACAGAACUGGUGUCAAAAUCUGUGGCUGUGGGCCACGUGGUUGCAAAGAUUCGAGCUGUGGAUGCGGAUUCUGGUUAUAACGCGUGGCUGUCUUAUGAGCUGCUGUCAGAAAUGGGCGUAGGGCGCAGCCCUUUCCGAGUGGGUUUGUAUACAGGAGAGAUCAGAACGAUCCGUGUCCUAGAGGAUUCCGAUGCAUCUAGGCAGACCCUACUAGUAUUAGUGAAGGACCACGGGACACCUAAGUUGUCAUCCACAGCCACUGUGAGUGUGUCACUGGUAGAGAACGGGCAGACAUUCAAAACUUCUUCUAGUGCUUCUACGGUCCUGUCAAAGGCUGGCAUGGGACAGGAGACAGCGCUGAUAGAUGUGAAUGUCUAUCUGAUCAUCGCCAUCUGCUCGGUGUCUAGUUUGUUGGUGCUGAGUCUGCUCCUUUAUGUGGCAUUGCGAUGCUCUACGCCCCCGAAAGAUGUGUGUGGUCCUAGGAAGCCCACGCUAGUAUGUUCCAGCGAGGUUGGGAGCUUCUCUUAUUCUCAGCAGCGGAGGCAAAAAGUAUAUUCUUGGGAUGGAGUAACCAAGAACGAUCUCAUGGCCUUCAGCCCCAAUCUCCCCCAGGCUCCUGAUUCUAGGGAAGGAGGUCAAACCCAGGAAGUUGUGAUGGAGCAUCCCGUGAAGGUGAGCUCAAAUUUCCAUCUCUUAGCAACUAUUUAA